CGCGGAUUAACGGAUUUGUUACAAGGUGCAUUGUUGUUAUUUUAGUAGCUGCCUUCAAACGUCCAGCUGUACACGUUUAGGGCUACAACUUGAAUGAUGAGUCUGUCUUUAAGGACUGAGCUGGCAGUGGAUAAAACCAAGCGGAAGAAGAGGAGAGAGCUGACUGAGGAACAAAAGCAUGAAAUCAAAGAGGCUUUUGAGCUGUUUGACACAGACAAAGACAAAGAGAUAGACUACCACGAACUCAAGGUGGCAAUGAGAGCUAUGGGUUUUGAGGUGAAGAAAGUAGAUAUACUGAAGAUACUAAAAGAUUACGACAGAGAGGGGAAUGGCAAAAUAACAUUUGAUGACUUUAAGGAAGUUGUGACAGACCGUAUCCUGGAGAGGGACCCAAAGGAGGAGAUCCUGAAGGCCUUUAAGCUGUUUGAUGAUGACGACUCCGGGAAGAUCAGCCUGAGGAACCUGAGACGUGUGGCCAGAGAGCUAGGAGAGAACAUCACGGAUGAGGAACUACGCAGCAUGAUCGACGAGUUCGAUACAGACGGAGACGGAGAGAUCAACCAGGAGGAUUUUGUAUCCAUAAUGACUGGAGACUCCUGAUUGAAGGGAUGCUGCUCUGGGUGCUUGGCUAGGAGGCCGAGGCAAUAGAAUCACUGUGGGAUGGAUAGGUCCCCCAGGUCACUGAGGGACUGCUAAAUAGCUUACCUUGUCUCCUUUCCUUUAUCUACACUAACUGACCAGGGGAAGUAGAGGAGAGUAGGUAAGGAUGCCACUGUAGAGUACUGCGAUUCAAAAUCUCUCCCAAAUAGCACUGCUGUCGCUUCUGUUCUUUUCUUUGUUGAAACAUCUUGUGUUUUUACAAUAUGUCUGGUGCAAAUACAACCAAAUAUUGUAUGUUCUUUUCUUUUAGUAGAGUUUCUUUUCAAAAUUUGAAUAGAUGCACUUGCUGCGCUGUGUAUCCAUACCGUACAGAAAACUGUACAGAUUACAUAACAGGUCAUGUCUCUGAGACAUUCCUUGUAAACUUCAACAUUUUCAAUAGUAUUUCUGGAUGGCGGUUUUAAAUACAAACUGGCUUCACCGACCACAUUUUGUAGUUUAGUAGACUAUUUGUAUUCUUACUUUUUCUUUUUAAUGUUAUUUAUUUUACAUAAUAAACACAAUU